AUGUCUCCGAUGCAAAGGCCAACACGAUCCGUGAGUGCGUGCCCAUGCCCGUACCGCUUCCAAAUUAUGUGCUGUUUGGCUCUGAUCUCCACAGGAGCCAUCACCGCAUCGUGGUCUCAAAUUCAGCAGUUUACAUGGCAAGGCAGUGCCCGGCUUGAUUCUGUGCGGAUCCCCUUGCCGGACACCGAAGAGGGAGGAAAGGAUAUCGAACCCGAUUUUCCACCGGACAUAGUAGACGUGGAGGCUGCUGCUGACUUUGGUAACGGCAGUGCAGACGAACAGGCAGCCGGGCGUUCGAGGAGUCGGUCUUCGUCCGAAGAGGUUCUUGAUGGUCCGGAUGACGAUCCUCGCAGCCAAACUGAGGAAGACCAAGAGCACACGGGGGUCUUCAACCUCGACGAAGUGCGAGACGACGAUGGCAAAGCCCCCACGACCUUGCUGGGUAUCUACCAAGAGCUCUGCCGCAUGGGACUCCGCUCUCCUGGCGCUAUCAGGCUAGCGUCUCCAGAGCUGCGGGAUGCCGUUGUCCGGCUGUACCAGCCCCUGGUGGAGCGGCGACCUCCAGCAGCCUUUCAUCCUGAACGAAUGGUGACCCUAAAAUCUCCAAAUUGCAAGGAUCCGGCGUGGAAACACAUCUUGGACGGCACACGUCGCGCGGUGCCACGAGCCUUGGUUGAUGUGACGACUGGAAUGGGAGGAGGGCCAGAGCUGGAUUUGCUGGAGCUGCGCCUUUGGGAGAUCAAUGCAUCCCUGGGCGAUCAGCCCAAGCCUGCCAUCAAGGACGUGUACGUGAUUUCGGAGUCGGCCUAUGGGUUGCGAGGAGAUCAGAAGCCCUUGCACUUCAGCAGGCAGCGCGACCGUUUUAAGCCCUUCCUGCCUCAAGUUGAACAUAUCCUCUUGGACAACUGCACAAAGUAUUCCUCCGCCAUUUCGAAGAUGCGUCGAGAGACCAACAAGGGCAAGAAGAAAGGUGGGACAAUGUUUUCCGCGGAGAGCAUCCAGCGAAUCUGCGUGCUGAAAACACUCAUUCAGAGGCGUCCAGAAAUUCCGGAUGAUGCACUUCUGAUUUUUUCUGACCUGGACGAGGUGCCCUCUGCCCAGGCCAUUCAGAUGCUGAGGCUCUGCAAGACAAAGUCCAGUGCCAAGGAUGGGCCAUGGAUACAGGCCCACUAUCCUCUGCCGUACAACCUCCGGGUUGGGUGCAAGGCAAGAAAGAAGACUGAGUUGCACUACCAGGGGGUCUUCACCACCAUGGGGUUCUUACGCCGGAAGAGGGGCUUAGCGCUGCGGUACAACAUGAGGCAGAACUUGAUCGUGCCAAGAGCCGGCAUUCACCUGACCUAUGUUGGCUCGCGUGCAGAUGUCGACUACAAGCUUCUACAUCACGGCGAAAGCGGUCAGGUCCUUGCCACCAAAGCAACAGCCAAUGGCAAGAGACUAAAUUUCUGUGAGAUCGACGAAAAGAUUCUGGCAUCGAUGGAGCAGCUUCUGCGUGACAACCCGGUUUCUGUGGCACGGGCGUGGGAGCGAGGCAAGUCCUCAGUGCUUCGGAAGGAACCUGCGGGUGAGCUCUCGAAAUGCCAAGUGCCUUGGGCGCUUCUCACGCAUCCAGAGCGCUAUCCUCAUUUCUGGGGAAGAGCUACAAAAUGA